GAAGAGGAACCGGAAGAGGAACCAUCAGAAGCAGCAGCUCCACCAUCAGAGCCGCUAACGUCCUCCCAGCUUCCACUGGCUGUUCCAGACUCACAUCCCACCAGAGGAACAUCUCCGGACCGGUUCUCCUCCCCCGCACGUGACCGACGAUGGCUGUGAACGUGUACUCCACCUCCGUGACCAGCGACAACCUGAGUCGCCAUGACAUGCUGGUCUGGAUCAACGAGUCUCUGCAGAUGAACCUCACCAAGAUUGAAAUGUUGUGCACAGGUGGAGCCUACUGCCAGUUCAUGGACAUGCUGUUCCCCAACUCCGUGCCUCUGAAGAAAGUGAAGUUCGGGGCCAAGCUGGAACACGAGUACAUCCACAACUACAAGCUUCUGCAGGUGUCCUUCAAGAAGAUGGGAGUGGACAAAAUCAUUCCAGUGGACAAGCUGGUGAAGGGGAAGUUUCAGGACAACUUUGAGUUCGUCCAGUGGUUUAAAAAGUUCUUUGAUGCCAACUACGAUGGGAAGGAAUACGAUCCGGUGGAGGCGAGGCAGGGCCAGGACGCCGUCAACUCGUCCACCGCCGCCGCGUCGGCGUUCAACAAACCCCCGAAGAAGGCCUUGAGUCAAGCUCCUCAGAGGCCGCCCGUCGCCAAGGUGGCGCCCAAGCUGGCUCCGGUGAGCGUGAGGAAGACGGCGAUGGGAGGAGGCGAUGAAGAGAGGACGGAGCUCCUGAACGAGCUGGAGAUCCUGAGGUCCACCUACUCCGACAUGGAGAAGGAGAGAGACUUUUACUUUGGAAAGCUGCGGAACAUCGAGCUGAUCUGUCAGGAGAAGGAAGGCGAGAGCGACCCGACCCUGCAGAGGAUCAUCGACAUCCUCUACGCCACCGACGAUGGCUUUGUGAUCCCUGAUGCUGAGGAGUCCGAGGAGCCAGAGGAGUUUUAAUGCUGAAGACACCGAGCCGCUGGUCUCUCUCCUGGUCUACAGACGAGAUCCGUCCUCACGCCCGGUUUGGUUUUUAUAUCCAACGCCAAACCUGAUCUUCAUUUGUGGCUCCUCCUUCUUUCCUGAACCUGAACCCCCCCCCCCGCCGGACGUCUUCCUGGUCUUCAGCCCGUCGUACAGCUCCGCCCCUUCUUCCUCUAAAGGUCUCUGACCAGUUAUCAACACUCGAGCCUCGGACCCCCCCCC